GGUAGCUAAGCCAGAAGUCAUGAAUAUACGUCAGUUGCCCUUAUCCGAUUCAAAUAACAGUUAACGCGCGUAAAUAAACCGCACAUAAUGUCGGAGCGAAUAUUAGAUUCAGAAAGCUACAAUACACAAAAUACCCCGGCAAAAGAGAUACAUGAUGAUGGCAUUGAUUUAGACGAUUUGCUGCCAAAAAUAGGAGAAUUCGGGAUUUAUCAAAAGUGUUUACUGUGGUUCGUAUGCCUACCAGCAUGCCUUCCGUGUGGUUUUUGUGCCUUCAAUCAGCUUUUUAUGACAGACACUCCAGACCAUUGGUGUCUUGUGCCAGAACUGAAAAAUUUCUCACUAGAAGAGAGAAAAUUGAUGGCUAUCCCAAAAAAGGCAAACGAGAACAACACAUUUGAAAAUUGCUUUAGGUACGCCGUCAAUUGGUCACAUAUUUUACAAACAAACGGUACAAUACUAAUAAAUGAGAGUUGGCCUGUAGAGCCAUGUUUAAAUGGCUAUGAAUAUGAUACUUCGGAAGUAAUUUCUUCAGUGGUCAUUGACUUUGAUUUAGUUUGUGAAUAUGAUGUUUACCCAACCUUAGGUUUAGUUGCUUUAAAUGUCGGAGGACCUAUUGGUGUUUAUUCGUUUGGGAUUUUAAACGAUCGAAUCGGUCGAAAGAAGACUUUUUUUGCAUGUCUAUCCACUUUAUUACUGGGUAGUUUAAUGACCGCUUAUGCACAUGAAUAUUGGUUUUGGGUCUUGGCAAGAGUGAUAGUGGGAUUGACGAUUCCUGCUGUAUAUCAAAUACCAUUUAUAAUAUCUUUAGAAUUAGCUGGACCAAACUACAGGUCAUUUGUAACUGUAAUGACUUGUAUAUUUUACACUCUGGGUCUUAUAUUACUCUCUGGGGUGACAUACGUAUUGCGUGAUUGGAGGUCCCUCGCUCUAGCAACAUCUGUACCCUUCUUCUUUUACUACUUGUAUUGGUUCGUUUUACCCGAAUCCCCAAGAUGGUUAUUAAUGAGAGAAAGGCUCGAAGAAGCUAACAAUAUACUAAAAACGAUUGCGAGAGUGAAUGGUAAACAAUUACCAGAAGAGUAUACGGCAAAAUUACAAAAACAAGUUUUGGAGCAAAAAGAAAAUGGAAUAAAAGAAACAAAAUCAGCCAGUGCUUUUGCCUUAUGUAAAACUCCGAAUAUGAGACUAAAGACAUUUCUAAUAACACUGAACUGGUGUGCUUCCGAGAUGGUGUACGUCGGUCUCAGUUAUUAUGGGCCAGCAAUAGGAAGCAAUCAGUACAUGAGUUUCUUCUUAUCAUCUGCGGUGGAAAUCCCCAGUUAUAUCGUGUGUUGGAUACUUAUGGAUAAAGUAGGCCGUCGCUGGCCUUUGUGUUUAUCAAUGGUCAUCAGCGGCAUCUUUUGCAUAGUCACAGUACUUUUGCCCAAUGAUGCGGAAAACGAGACCCUAAUUCUGUAUUUAAUAUCGAAAUGUUUUAUAUCAGCUUCAUUUUUAAUUAUAUAUCCAUAUGCUGGCGAACUCUAUCCAACAGAAUUAAGAGGUGUGGGGAUUGGAACGUCAGCGUAUAUUGGAGGGCUGGGUUUGAUAAUAAUACCUUUUAUUAACUAUUUAGGUACGAGUAAUUUAGUGCUGCCAUUGGUGUUAAUGGGCGGUGUGGCCGUUAUUGGAGGAUUAACUGCACUCCGCUUGCCAGAGACCCUUCAUACCUCUUUACCACAAACUGCUGAGGAAGGCGAAGAAUUUGGCAAAGAUUGGACAUAUAAAGACUGCUGGAGUUGUGGAGGGCCCAGAAGAAUUGCAUCCGAGGGUGAUUCAUAUGAAAACUUAGACCAACUGGAGUUGACUCAAGCUCCAAUUUUAGAAGAUGAAGUAACAGACUUGCGACCGAUUCGACGUAAUUCUAUGAAGAAAUUAGUACGACAAGCGAGCAUUCUGGAGACACAGCGAGAUGUGGACGGCAAUUUAAAGAUGACUUAUUGGUUUUAGUGUCCCACGAAUUAUAGCGGCCGUAACAAGUGCCAUGUGUGUCAUUUUGUACAUGAUUAUCACGUUUUAAUUUGUAUGAACUGUUUUUAAUUAAAUGUUUUACCUAAACAUUAAUUGCUUCAAAAUAUUUAAAAGAAAAAUACGUUUUCUUCAUUUUUUAUACCGAAAAUCAUGCGAAUUGCGAUAGUAUAAUUAGGAGAUAUGAACUAUAUUAAUUUAGUGCAGUCAAUAUAAAUUUAUAUAUACCGUUCUACCUAAGAAUUA